AUGCAACCCUUGGCUGUGGGGCCCGUCCUGGCCUCAGCCUCGGCUGCCGCCAGGGAGCCCCGGCUGGCCCGCUGGUUGCGCUGUGGUAGCGGCAUCCUGGCGCACUUGGUGGCCUUAGGCUUCACCCUCUUCCUGACCGUGCUGUCCCGGCCCGGGACCAGUCUCUUUUCUUGGCACCCUGUGUUCAUGGCCUUGGCGUUCUGCCUGUGCAUGGCUGAAGCCAUCUUGCUCUUCUCUCCUGACCACUCACCGUUCUUCUUCUGCUCACGCAAGGCUCGGAUCCGACUACACUGGGCAGGGCAGACGUUGACCAUCCUGUGUGCUUUCCUGGGCCUGGCCUUCAUCAUUUCCAGCAGGACCCGAAGUGAGCUGCCCCAUCUUGUAUCUUGGCACAGCUGUGUGGGGACUCUGACACUGUUGGCGACCAUCGGGCAGUCCUUGUGUGGGCUCAGCCUCCUCUGCCCCCGGGCAGCCAGGGUCUCUCGUGUGGCUCGCCUCAAACUCUACCACCUAACAUUUGGGCUGGCGGUCUAUCUGAUGGCCACGCUUACCGUGCUCUUGGGCAUGUACUCGGCAUGGUUUCAGGCCCAGAUCAAAGGAGUUGCUUGGUACCUCUGCUUGUUCCUGCCUGUCUAUCCAGCCCUGGUGAUCAUGCAUCAGAUCUCCAGUGCAUAUUUGCCAAAGAAGAAAAUGGAAAUCUGA